CUCCCGUCUCACACGGGUAGCCGUGCGAAAGUGGGCUGGUGCCGCUACCCACUGCGAUUUGAACUCUGGCUAGUGAGCGCUCGGCCCUUGCGACACGCGUGUUCGCCACUGCCGGUUCCUCCGGCCAGUCGUCGUGCGUUUUGUUGUUCGUCGCGCGUGCCUCCCGAGCACAACGAUGAUACAUGGGCCGAGCAAAGAUGACGCCGGUGCCAGGAGUACCGUGGCCCACAUCGGCAGCAUCCCUUGGGGGAAAAACGACAGCGGCCACUGUGCGCUUAUUGACGUCGUUUGAAAAAUGGUGCUGACGGGAUCCGUUCUCGAGUCCGAGUGUCCCAAGUCGCUCGGCCGCAAGAUUAAGAUAAGGCAGGACCCGCCGGCACCGGCGAGCUGUUCACGGUCCGUUUUGGCUGCAUCGGCUGGCCGGACCGGCACGAGGAGGCUGCCCAUCGUCACCACGGUCGGAAUGACCCACGGGGAACCUGGCCUCCCGGACACGACUACGGCCAAUCUCGGCAACGGUGCCAUCACCGGCUUCACCCGGCAUCCUCUGCGCAAGAUCCUGGUACAGGAGAGCGUGAAAAGCAUCCGAGCGUCGCCGGAGGGAGGCACCGUCACUGCCCUACUACCCCGAAAUAGCAUCAACAACAAUAUAAACGGCGCUGGCGGCAACAACGCCGCCGCUCCUGCAGCCAGUGGGCAGCCGUCGGCGCGCCACGCCAAAGACGCACCGACAGCCGCGGCGAGCCCAUCCAGCCGCUCCUUCUUCUUCGGCACUGGGCCGGUGAGAGGAAACGCCGGGCGGAGCGGCGUCAAACCAGGGCCGAUCGGCAAGUCAGCCUCGGUGCCGGCGAACCUGCUGAGAGCCGAUUCCGGCAAAUCCUCGGCCGCGGGCAUCCUCAAGCGCUCGAGCUCCUUCUUCGACGGCCGGGGCUUGCGCUCGCUCCUGCAGAGGCGCUGGCGCAACCCGGCCGGCUCGGUGUCGCCCGAGUUGGGCCGCAAGUGCGUCUCGUUCAGCGCCGACACGAGCUUCCGCGAGUCGGCGGGUAAGAACCGCUGCGCCAAGAAAACCCCGCUGCACGAGGCCAAGCUGUACCGCAAGGGCGUCCUUCAGGGAAAAGCCAUAAACUGUUGCGCAGAUCGCAACGGGUGCCAGCCCGAGGAGCGGUUCAGCCAACACCGGAGCCAUCGCUCGCUACUGUUCUCGCCGGGGGAUACGACGAAUCUGCCGUUGUCCUGGGAAAAGUCCCCGGGGGGGCCUCGGGCCCUCCUGGGGGCAGCACAGGACGGGGACGACGAGCUCGCCGGGAGGAUUAUCGCCCGGCCAGGGGACGUCGACGUCAACGCCGUCGACAACAGCGGAAGGAGCGCCAUCAGUCACCUGGCGGGCAACGGGAGCGCCGUCGUGCUCGAGGACUGUCUGGCCCUUAGGGGGGCAGACGCUAAUCUACCGGACAACGAGGGCAACGCGCCCCUGCACUUUGCCGCCCAGGCCGGCCAGACGGACUGUUUGAACGUUUUGCUGCAGAGGUGCCCGAGCAUCGAGGUCGACGCGAGAAACUCCCUCGGGUUCACGCCCCUCAUGAAAGCCGCUCUCCAAGGCAGGACCAAGUGCGCCAAGAUACUACUCUUUGCAGGUGCCAAUCCGACGUUACGGGACCACGGCCGAGGAUUGAGGGCCGAGCAGUGGGCGCGCUUCUGCGGCAGGUACGUGUGCGCGGAGGUGAUCGAGCGGUUCGCCCGUUCCCGGCUCCUCGAGAAAUCGACCUCCUGCAGGUGGGGCUCCGAGCCCGAACUCGCCGCCCAAGUGUUCCAGGGCAAGCUGAUACCCCUCCCGUCGUCGCCGAUCCAGCCGCCCCCGAGUGGCCUAAAAUCCAAGAUCCGGCGCGUCUUCCGCACAACCUCGGGCUCGGACAAGAGCUUCUCCCUGGUCUCGCAGUUGACGAGCGCGGCCCUGUGCGCGAGCAGUCCCGUGCUCCCGAAACCCGGGGACGUCUCGCCCGUCGUCAAGAGCCUCCUCAGGCCCCUCAGCGUGCCCCAGCUAAGGAUAACCCUCGUUACGCCCCAGGAUAUCAUCGACAGUUGCGCCCAGGGUGUUAAUUUUACGGAUAAUUUCGAAAGCACGAUGGUUAAGCCGCCGAGGACGAAAAAGAAGGCCAAAUGAGGACAAAGCGGCGAUGACGAUGAUGAUGGGCAGCUCGACGACCAAUUACCAAAAAUACUCCGAAUCCACGCAUGAAUAUUAUUACAUAUAUAUACGCAUUCGCGGCAAUCGCUGCUGCAGCAUCGAUCCAUAUAUAAAUAUACAUAUAUCUGCAUUUCGGUAAUGUGCGGUCUCUACGUGAUUGUGUGUUGUUGAUGUUGACGAUGUAUCCUAGGACACAAGUACUUUUUUGCCUAUAAGAAUAUAUAUAUACAUACAUAUAUUUUUUUUACUCUCGAUUAAUUGUAAUACAUUGUAAAAAAAAAAAAAAACAGUAAACAGUUGUGGCUCGUACGCGUUUUUUGUUUCGUGGCGCUAGAUCGAGCCUAUCCAUAUUUGUACGUUACAUAUAAGAUAACAAAUGCAUUGUGUAUAUAAAUAUAUAUUAAUUGCCUGUGUGUACCAAUAA